AUGCUGUUUGACUACUCUGUUGCGCUGCUAGGUGCGCUGUCGCUGUCUGCAACGACCGUUUCCGCCCAGGUGAGGGCUUACGACAAGAUCGACUUCACCAAUGUCGGUUUUGCAGGUACGUAUUUCCCAGUGAAAUCGUUCUCUGAUAUAACGAAGGACAGUUGUAGUUGUGAGGUUGCGGACGCGGAGUGGUUCUCGGGCACCAAUGCGCCCCUGGCAGAGUACGUCUCUGUCCACUUGCGUGGGCCCUUGAGUCUGUCCAAAUUCGCCUUCUACAACUCCCCCGGGUUUGUCGCUAACGAUUCCAGAUCGUCGUCUGCGUGGACUCGUCAGGCGUACUACGACGGGAGUGCGCAGGUUGGCGAGAACGUCACGUUUUUGGCGAGAGCAGGUAAGGAUUCUCCAUGUUUGGGGAAGGCUUUGACGUACGCGGGCGCUGACGGUGUUUCCUCAGCUAGUCAGAGAACUGUCCUUGGUGGGAACAACUCGAUUGCCUCGGACCAGGAAUACAUAAUCUACUCGAACGUCUCGUGUCCCAAAUCCGGGUUGGAUAGAGGGUGUGGUGUCUACCGUAAGGGGAUUCCAGCGUACUACGGGUUCGGUGGUGUCACAAAGAUGUUCCUGUUUGAAUUCGAAAUGCCCACGGAGACCAAACAGAACUCGUCCUCAAUUGAGUUCUUCGACAUGCCUGCCAUUUGGUUGCUGAACGACCACAUUGCAAGAACCGCACAGUACCCAACAAACGCCAACUGCUCCUGUUGGGCCAGUGGGUGUGGUGAAUUCGACAUCUUCGAAGUGAUGAAUGGUACCGAGAGGAACCACUUGUACUCGACCUUCCACACUUUCCAAGGUAUCGAGGAUUUGGGCACAGGUAUUCAAUCGUACGGUUACAUCCCAAGAAACACCACCGGGACAAUGAAAGGUGGUGUUGUGUUUGACUCUGCUGGGAACACGAUCACGUUCAUGUCCGACGACGUCUCCUUCGAUGCUAACAUCACUAGCGACGCAGUCCAGAGCCUGUUGUCAUCCGUCCCAAGAAACGAAACUUACUCGUCUCAAUUGAUGAGCAUCUCUGCUACCGCGCCAGCGUCAUCAACGGGGACAAAGAACGGUAAGUCCAAUGGGGCUCUGUUGUCCUCACCAUUGUCUGGUAUCUGGUACUACAUAUUUACCGUUGUCACCGCUGUGGGUCACUUCUUGAUUUGA